CACCUCCCCUGCCCGGCCGUCUCAAGCAGCAAGAGGCCCCCCUGCAGCUGCAACAGCUGCAAUGCCAGGGUCGUCGUCCUCGGAGUAUUAAUGGCGGCGUAGGCCUCCCCACUGAUCCGUCCCCAGCUACCGUAGAUCACCUGCCGUCCGUCCCCUCCCGUGCCAUCAGCACUCUAUAGCUCGCCCCGCUCGUUUAAUUGCUGGCACAGGGAAGCGCGACCCGGCCAUGAUCCGUCCAUCCGUCCGUCUCGUCCGAUCCAAUGCCACAUAAUUGCCACUACUAGCUGGUGCUGUGCUGAGCUGCGAUUCCGAUUUCCCAGCAUAAAUACUCCCCCUCGCGCUCGGCCACACGCCCCGCUCCUAGCUCCCGUGCUGCGCGUGCUCCGUAUAGCUAUUACGGAGUACAACAACAUUCCGGCGAGAGUGUACUAGAGUCUCGAUCUAUGGCGGCCGGCGGAGGCGUUGCGGCGGCCGUCGCGAGCGUGUUGGUGUUCUUACUCGCGGCUGGAGGCGGCGCCGGCGCAGCGAGCGAGGGGUGUGAGGAGCGGGAGAGGGAUAAAGUGGAGGCGCUGCCGGGGCAGCCGGCGGCGGCGAGGUUCGUGCAGUUCUCCGGGUACGUGACGGUGAGCGAGGAGCGGGGCCGGGCGCUCUUCUACUGGCUCACCGAGGCCGCCGCCGGCGCCGACGCCGGCACCAAGCCGCUCGUGCUCUGGCUCAACGGAGGUCCAGGGUGCUCUUCUGUGGCGUAUGGCGCGUCCGAGGAGAUCGGCCCGUUCCGUAUCAAACCCAACGGGACAGGGCUCUACCUCAACAAGUACUCAUGGAACAGAGAGGCAAACCUUCUCUUCCUGGAGUCCCCGGCCGGAGUGGGCUUCUCCUACUCCAACACCACCUCGGAUCUCAAGACUUCAGGCGACGAGAGAACCGCCGAAGACUCGUUGCAGUUCUUGAUCAGCUGGAUGUCACGGUUCCCGCAGUAUCGACACCGGGAUUUCUACAUUGCUGGAGAAAGCUAUGCUGGCCACUACGUCCCCCAGUUGGCAAGGAAGAUCGUUGAGUACAACAAAGGCUCACCCAAUCCCUUCAUCAACCUAAAGGGAAUCCUUGUGGGAAACGCAGUGACAGAUAACUACUACGACAACAUCGGCACGGUGACCUACUGGUGGAGCCACGCCAUGAUCUCCGAUCGCACCUACAAGGCCAUCCUCAAGUCCUGCAACUUCACCAGCACCAACGUCUCGAUGGCCUGUACCAGAGCCAUGAACUAUGCCAUGAACUACGAGUUCGGCGACAUUGACCAGUACAGUAUCUACACACCCUCCUGCACCACCGCCUUGUCUUCCCCCAACGCCACAGCCAAAACCCGCCACCACGCUGCGGUGCUGAGGUUCAAGGACACCCUGAUCCGCCGCCGGUCCAACAGCUACGACCCGUGCACGGAGACCUACGCCGAGAAGUACUACAACCGGCUGGACGUGCAGGAGGCCAUGCACGCCAACACCACUAGGAUUCCCUACAAGUGGACUGCCUGCAGUGAUGUGCUCAUCAAGAAAUGGAAAGAUUCAGAGUUCUCCAUGCUACCGACAUACAGGAUGCUGAUGAAGGCUGGGAUUAGGAUAUGGGUCUUCAGCGGCGACACGGAUUCGGUUGUCCCAAUUACCGCAACGAGGUUUGCGAUCAGCCACCUUGGUUUGAAGACUAAGAUCCGGUGGUACCCAUGGUACUCUGGUGGUCAGGUAGCAGGAUGGUCUGAGGUGUAUGAAGGGCUGACAUUUGCAUCAGUGAGAGGUGCGGGGCAUGAGGUGCCAUUGUUUCAGCCAAGGAGGGCCUUCAGGAUGUUCCGGUCAUUCCUGGCUGGGGAGCCACUGCCCAAAUCCUGAAGGUUCCUGCCUGCCAUGAAUUGAUGUGCAGAUUGAUGCCUAGCUACAAUAUCUGAAAUCUUUGUAAGAUGGAUGGAGAGUGUGAUGUAGAGUGCUUGCAAGUAGAAAAUAAUUAGUUGAUAGGUGAGGAGUGAUUGAUUGGUGCUGGGGAAAAGGAUGAGAAGAGAAUAAGGAUGAUUAUGCCAUGGAAACCAUUGGCAUGGCGGCAACAGGCAAAUAAACUUGAAUGCGCCUAUUCUUGAUGGAUCUUAUGGGUUAUCACCAGAAAUGUUCACAUCAAGAAGUUUUAACUUCCA